AUGGAACGAACAGUGUACUCGGAGCUGUCAAUGGAGUUUCAUCGAAGCCUACACCGCUGGGAGCCCUUCAUCAACUACAGCUAUAUCCUCAUCGAAGACCCGCGCAUCCGUCAACGAAAGCUACGAGAGGUGUUCCACUGGACUCGCACUAGGGCUUGGAUAGCCUUUGAUGGCCCGAUACUUGGGAUACGAAGAUCAUGUUCCCUCUCCGGAGUCGACUUCCGGAGUCGACUUCCAACUGCAGCAACGGCAGAACGCGUCAACUUUUUCCCGGGAAGUCGAGCUCGGAGGAAGCAGCAGAGGAACAAGAAAGGAAUAGAACAAGGAAAAAUGGAAUACUGUGGGGUAGGUGUCCCAGGAAGGCACCCAGGUAUUGGCCUGGUCACCCUAGGACAGUGCGGCAUUGCCGUCCUCGGCGGGCUGCGAGACUCGAGUUUGUCACUACCGGAAAAUGGCUUACUGGGACUCAAGGGGGAAUAA